AUGAUGGAACUUCUGGGGGAGCUUCAAAUUUCUUCACAAGUAGGACAAACUGGGGAUUUAGCAGCACUUGCAACUUCUUGGAUGAUGACCGUGCUACGGACUCGUUCAUCUGGCAAAAACAACUCAAGCAUCUCAGGGUCGAAUUCCAAGUUAUACAUGGAUACACGUCGUUCCCCACUCUCAUUGACUUAUUAUGGAUUUUGUUUGAUAAACGGGAACUACACAGCAAACCUUCAUUUUGCGGAGAUCAUGUUUACUAAUGACAAAACCUACAGUAGCCUUGGGAGGCGUAUCUUUGAUGUUUACAUUCAGGGAAAGCUGGUGCUGAAGGAUUUCAACAUUGAAAACGAAGCAGGUGGAGUUAACAAGGGAAUUAGAAGAAACUUCACUGCAGUCGUUGCUGAUAAUACUUUGGAUAUCCGCUUCUAUUGGGCUGGGAAAUGGACAAAUGGUAUUCCUGUUAGAGGCUUAUACGGUCCUCUAAUUUCAACCAUAUCUAUUGAUCCUAGUAAGUCGGAAGUUGGCAAUAUAUUAGUAACUUGA